AUGGGAUCCUCAAGCACUUAUUCUGUUGUUCUCAACUUGUCAUUCCUUGUGUUCAUCUUUUUUCUGGGUUCUUCAUUUGCUUCUUUUUCGUCGUCGUCGUCGUCGUCGUCAUCCUUGCACCCUUUAGUUUUCAACUCCAAAGUUCAACACCUCAACUACACAGCAAUAUCUGAGUUUAGGGUUGUGAAUAGAAGAUUUCUGGCUGAGUGUCCUCAUCCGAGCCCUUAUCUGCAAAUUAGUAUUAACUCAACUACUUCUGGCCUUGGAGAUGAAGAGUUCUUGAGUGUCAAUGUUAGUGGUGUCCUCAAUCCUUCCAAAGACGAUUGGGUCGCCAUGAUUUCACCUUCUCAUUCUGAUGUCUCAAGCUGUCCUUUAAAUGAGAUUCUCUAUGCACAGACUGGCGAUCUCAGUAAACUUCCUCUUCUCUGCCAUUAUCCUGUUAAGGCAGCAUACAUGAGCAAUGAUCCUGACUAUCUGAGUUGCAAGAAGAAGGAAUGCAAACAGUAUCGGAAUGGUCAAUGCUUGGUGUCCACUUGUGGUGGUGCAUUAUCAUUUCAUGUUAUUAACAUCAGAACGGACAUUGAAUUUGUGUUGUUUUCUGGUGGAUUCGAGGCACCUUGCAUUUUGAAGAGGUCAAGCCCUGUGAGAUUUGCCACUCCAAAUAAGCCAUUAUAUGGACAUCUAUCGAGCAUAGAUUCGACGGGAACAUCGAUACGAUUAACAUGGGUCAGUGGUGAUCAGAAACCUCAGCAAGUACAAUAUGGUGACGGAAAAAAACAGACGUCACAAGUUACUACAUUUUCACAAGAUGACAUGCAAAGUUCAGCUCUACCAAGUCCAGCCAAGGACUUCGGAUGGCAUGACCCAGGCUUCAUUCAUACAGCAGUAAUGACAGGACUUAAGCCUUUAUCUAGUUUCUCUUAUAGAUAUGGAAGUGAUUCAGUUGGUUGGAGCAAUGAAAUCCAAUUCCGGACUCCCCCAGCAGGAGGAUCUGAUGAACUCAAAUUUCUCGCAUUCGGUGACAUGGGAAAGGCUCCUCGUGAUGGUUCGACGGAGCAUUACAUUCAGCCAGGAUCCCUCUCAGUAAUUCAGGCAAUGGCUGACGAAAUAAAUUCAGGGCAUGUAGACUCUAUCUUCCACAUUGGAGACAUUAGCUACGCCACUGGAUUUUUAGUUGAAUGGGAUUUUUUCCUACACCAAAUAAGUCCCGUUGCCUCUCGAGUUUCUUACAUGACAGCUAUUGGAAACCAUGAGAGGGACUAUAUAGACACUGGAUCAGUUUACAUAACCCCAGAUUCAGGUGGAGAAUCUGGUGUUCCUUAUGAGACCUACUUUCCGAUGCCAACCCCGGCAAAGGAUAAGCCAUGGUAUUCCAUAGAACAAGCAAGUGUUCACAUCACGGUGAUAUCCACUGAGCAUGACUGGUCCCAAAAUUCUGAGCAGUAUCAAUGGAUGAGAAGGGACAUGGCCUCUGUUGAUCGAUCCAAAACUCCUUGGUUGAUUUUUAUGGGGCAUAGACCCAUGUAUACCUCCGCAGAAGGACUCCUCAAUGUUGAUCCAAAAUUUGUUUUUGAAGUGGAACCAUUACUGCUUCAAAGCAAAGUUGAUUUGGUCCUAUUUGGUCAUGUCCAUAACUAUGAGCGAACCUGCACGGUUUAUAAGAGUCAAUGCAAGGGAUUGCCUGUUAAAGAUAAAAAUGGGAUCGACACAUACGAUCAUAGCAACUACAGUGCCCCAGUGCAUGCAGUAAUUGGUAUGGCUGGCUUUACCUUGGACAAGUUUCCAACUGGUGUAAAUAAUCCCUGGAGCUUAUCGAGGAUUUCUCAAUUUGGUUAUCUCAGAGGAUAUGCCACAAAGAAGGAGAUGAAAUUAGAGUUCGUGAACGCAGAUACAAGAAAAGUUGAGGACAGGUUCCGCAUAACAAAAACAAGCACAUCUAAUUAGAAACAUUUAAUUUAAAUAUAUAGAUGAGUUACUUCUGUCUGUAAGUAUU